GACAACAUCUGUUACCUUCAACAGGGAUGUGGGGAACUGUCAAUGAUAUUUUUGAUAAAUUGUUAUGUUAAAUUGAGUUUAUUAUAGUUUGAGUUAUGAUUUUCGUUUAAUUUAUAGUCUACAUCUGUUUUAACAUGUUGGCAAACGACUACACUCUGGAAUUGACCAACAUCUUCCACACUGGCCAGGUUGAGCCAGGGUCCUGUCUUCAGAGAUUGUGUGGAAGUGUACAGACAGGAUUGAUCCUGAAGGAUAUCUCCUUAGAAGUCCGCGCUGGAGAGGUCCUGGCCAUCCUCGGAUCCAAAGGUAGUGGUAAGAGAGCGCUGCUUGAGGUGAUAUCUCGCCGUAGCCGAGGCCCGACCCGAGGACAGAUCCUACUAGAUGGAACCCCGAUGACACUCAGUCUGUAUCAGCGCAGCUGUGGCUAUGUCAGUCAUCGUACAGACCUCAUACCCAGCCUAACUGCGGAGCAGACUCUGCACUACGCAGCCAAUCUCACUGUCGGCUCACAGGUAUCAGGCUAUGUCAGGAGUUCAAGGGUUCGAGGGGUGUUGGCAGACCUGGCGUUGAGUCAGGUGGCUCGACGCAAUGUUGCCAACCUCACCACUAGUGAGCAUCGCAGACUUGUAGUUGGCAUGCAGCUCAUCAAGGAUCCUGCAUUACUUCUCCUGGACGAACCCACAGCAGACCUGGAUCCACUGGCGACGUACCUGAUUGUGUCGAUGUUGUCGUCACACGCACGACGCCGCGGUCGCAUUGUCAUCCUCACCAUGGAGAAGCCCCGCUCCGAUGUGUUUCCGUUCCUGGACCGCGCGGCGUACCUCUGUCUUGGAGACUUGGUAUACGCAGGACCUACGAGGCUCAUGCUGGAAUACUUCAGAACCAUCGGCUUCCCUUGCCCUCAACUUGAGAAUCCGUUGAUGUAUUAUUUGUGUCUUUCAACGGUGGAUCGAAGGUCUCGAGAGCGUUUCAUUGAGUCCAACACGCAGAUCAUCGCGCUAGUAGAGAAAUUCAAAUUGGAAGGUGCAGUGUACAGACGAAGCUCCGCCGGCGGAGUCAGCCACGUGGUCAUGGGGGGUGACGGGGGACCCCGUCAUAAACUUCCUUUUACAGCGUUUGGAAAACCUUCUGGUCUACGAGUUGGGUUUACUUUGUAUCAGAGAAUGCUGGCUUCAGUUUUUAACCUUUCUUCCAUCGCAGCUGUUCACCUGAUGCUGAGACUAUUGCUGAUGCCUUGUUGUUCAGCAUUGCUCUUCCUGUUUUAUCAAAACAUCCAGGACAAUCCGUGGACGUUUGUGUCUCGCAACGGUUUGCUGUUUAACAGUCUGCUUUGCAUGUAUCUCUGCUCCAUCAUAACCACUGCCACAACAUAUGGCGUAUAUCGGACGAGAUAUUACCAAGAGGCACAGGAGGGAGUGUAUUCAGGUCCGCUAUUCCUGCUCUCCUAUUGGCUCUUCUCUCUCCCCUUCUCUCUGAUCACAGUGGCUGCUGGCUCAAGGAUAUUAUUUGAGGUGACAGGUAUGGAGACAACCAAGGACUGGUGCUUGUUCGCUGCUGUGUUGUGGGCUUGCUACUUGCUGGCCGAGCAGCAGACGGUCGCCCUCAUGAUGGUAGUCUACAGCUCAUUCACCGCAGCGCUAGCGAGUCUCUAUAUCAGCCUUGUGUGUCUCGUGUUUGCCAGUGGAGCUCUGCGUUCGUAUAGAGGUCUCUCAGACUGGUUGGUUUACCUCACCUACGGGACACAGGCUCGUUACGCUGGCGCGUUUCUAAGCAGUCAGCUGUUCAGCCACGUCGGCGGCGUCACACAGAACUGCACUUCUGCAGACGACAGCACCAAAGACUUGUGGAGUUUGACUUGCCGCUACCCCGACGGAGCCUCCUAUAUCACCGAAAGGUACGGACGAGACAGCUCCGAGUUUCAUCUUUCUGACAUUAUCGACACAGAGUUCAACUUGAGCAUCGCUUUCGCAUUCCCCGUCUCGCUUGCUAUUGCUAACUGUCUACUCUACCUCGUCCCACUGCCUGCCUUUACAAAGGCCAAGUUCAGAGAUUAACAUCACUAAGACUAUUGACUAAUAUUAUUGUUUUGUGUAAAAAAAGUUUAUAAUUUAUUAAUAUUAAAGUAUUUUAAGCUA